AUGUCGAGCAGAACAAUGAGACGGCAAGUACUGUGGUUUUUCCUGGUCCUUUAUGUCAGUUCAGGACUCGGCCAAGUCACCUACUCCAUCCCUGAGGAAAUGCCGAGUGGCUCUUUAGUCGGUAAUAUAGCUCAGGAUUUGGGUUUAGAUGUGAAACGACUGAAAUCGGGUAAAGCUCGUGUUUAUACGGGGGACAGUGCGGGGUACAUCCAGCUGAAUAAGGAACGAGGAGUCCUCCUGGUCAAAGACAGAAUCGACAGAGAAGCGAUUUGCAGACAAACGACGCCCUGUGCUUUACAUUUUCAGAUUAUUUUAGAGAACCCGAUGGAGUUCUACAGCGUCACUGUCGAAAUAACAGACAUAAAUGAUAAUCCGCCCACAUUUGAAAAAAACGAAGUAAGUUUCAAGAUCAGCGAAUCUGCUAUUAUUGGAGCUAAAUUUGUUUUAGAUAGAGCAAUAGAUCUUGAUGUCGGCAAAAAUGGUCUUCAGAAAUACGAGCUUAAGCCUACAGAUAAUUUUGUUCUUAAACGGGACAGUCAUGGUGACGGAACAGAAAAGGCUGAAAUGAUUUUACAGAAGCCUCUCGACAGAGAAAAGGAGGAGUUGGUGUCUUUGGUUUUAACAGCAUUUGAUGGAGGAGACCCGCAGAUGUCGGGAACAAUUCGCAUUUUCAUCACAGUGUUAGAUGCAAAUGAUAAUGCACCUGUUUUUUCGCCAUCCACCUACACAGCCAAUGUUUUUGAAAAUGCCCCAGAAGGGACAGCUGUCACCAGCGUGACUGCAACAGAUGCAGAUCACGGUACAAAUGGUCGGAUAAAAUAUUCAAUCACCAACAGUUUAGAUCAGGCUCAUGCAUUGUUCCAGAUAAACGAAGACAGUGGUGAAAUUAGGUUGAUUGGAAAUAUCGAUUAUGAAACGGCGCGGAAUUACCAUAUUAACAUACGUGCAAGUGAUGAUGGUGGACUAACAGAUUCAUGUAAAGUCAUUGUUGAAGUAGUGGAUAUGAACGACAACAAACCGACUAUUAAUAUAAUGUCGAAGUCAAAUGUGAUAUCUGAACACUCUAAACCGAAAACUGUUGUAGCGAUGAUGAACAUUCAAGACCCGGAUUCAAAUGAAAACGGAAAAGUUAACUGUUUUAUCAACGAUAACACUCCAUUGACCAUAAUGUCGACAUCAAAUAAUUUCUAUAGCCUACUAACAGACAGUGAAUUAGACAGAGAGAGAUCAUCUGAGUAUAAUAUCACAGUGACGUGCUCUGAUGAGGGCGUGCCCUCCCUCUCCAGCAGCGUCACUCUCACCUUACAGAUCUCUGACGUGAAUGACAACGUGCCUGUCUUUGAGAGGAGCUCAUAUGAGGCCUACAUUGUAGAAAACAAUACACCAGGUCUCUCUGUAUUCACAGUGAAAGCCAGAGACGCGGACUGGAACCAGAAUGCCCGUGUUUCUUACAUACUGGAGGACUCCUCUGUUAACGGAGUGCCAGUCUCCUCGUAUGUGUCCGUUAGUGCUGAUAGUGGAGUCAUCCAUGCAGUGCGCUCUUUUGACUACGAGCAGAUCAAAGAUUUUCACUUCCGAGUCAAAGCUCAGGAUGGAGGCUCUCCUCCACUCAGUAGUAACGUGACUGUGAAAAUACUGAUCCAGGACCAGAACGACAACCCCCCUCAGGUUCUGUACCCAGUCCAGACUGGUGGCUCUCUGGUGGCUGAACUGGUGCCUCGUUCAGCAGAUGUGGGCUAUCUGGUCACUAAAGUGGUGGCUGUGGAUGUGGACUCUGGACAGAAUGCCUGGCUCUCCUAUAAACUGCAGAAAGCCACAGACAGGGCGCUGUUUGAAGUGGGCUCACAGAAUGGAGAAAUAAGAACUAUCCGCCAAGUCACUGAUAAAGACGCAGUGAAACAAAGACUGAGUGUUAUAGUGGAGGACAACGGGCAGCCCUCUCGUUCAGCUACAGUCGUUGUUAACGUGGCGGUGGCGGACAGCUUCCCGGAAGUGCUGUCGGAGUUCACUGACUUUACGCACGACAAGGAGUACAAAGACAACCUGACUUUUUACUUAGUGCUGGCUCUGGCUGUAGUUUCCUUCCUCUUCAUCACGUGUGUAGUGGUUAUUAUCUCAGUGAAAAUCUACAGAUGGAGACAGUCUCGCGUCCUGUAUCACUCCAACCUCCCUGUGAUUCCAUAUUAUCCACCACGUUACUCAGACACUUUGGGGACAGGGACCCUCCAACACGUGUACAAUUACGAGGUGUGCAGGACGACUGACUCCAGAAAGAGUGACUGUAAGUUCGGCGGAGCUGGUAGUCAGAACGUGCUGAUAAUGGACCCCAGUGCUACAGGGACGAUGCAGCGGAUACAGAGUGAAAAGAGCAUCCUGGAUGAACCAGACUCUCCUCUAGAGGUUAGACUGCAAAGUUUAUACUGA